AUGCCCGACUUUCACCCACAUCAUACAGUCCCCUACCCCUUCCCGCGGGACAUCACCAUCCCCCAAUUCAUCCUCGACAGCGAUACUCACCCGCUGCGUCCCUCCCGACUCCCCGGUUCCAAAUGGCUUGUCGACGACGUAUCUGGGCGAGCGUUCGGGAUCGAAGAAAUCCGGGAGAGGGUCGAGAGGCUUGCUAGGGCUAUCAAGGAGCGCUGGGGGGUGGGCAAAGGGGACGUAGCGUGCUUGUAUAGCGCCAAUGAUGUCGAUUACCCGAUGGUUAUAUGGGCACUCCACAGACUGGGGGCGAUCGUCUCAUGCGCUAACCCCUCGUAUACCCAUUCGGAACUGGAAUACCAGCUUGAAGCAACCUCAUCCAAGCUGCUCUUCACCUCGUCCGCCUCCCUCUCCACUGCUCUAAAGGCAGCCAGCUCGGCCAACCUCUUCCCCCCCUCGAACAUCAUCGUCUUCUCCCCCGUCUCCCCGGCCCGUACUCCCGCCGGGGAGUUCGCGACCGUUCAAUCCCUCGUCGAUCGUGGCUGGGACUUGGUACAGAACUACACCGAGCUCCGAGGGCCAGAUGUAGGGGAUAACAUCGCCUUCCUUUCUUUCUCCUCCGGAACCACCGGGCUUCCCAAAGCGAUCGCUAUCGCACAUCGGAACUUGAUCGCGAACGUGCUGCAGGUCGCGAUGCACGAGCGGUUAACGGAGCGUGGGCUCCGAGGAGACGACAGGUUCGCCCUUCCAGGAGAUGCGUGCAUGGGCGUCCUGCCUAUGUACCACAUAUACGGCCUGGUGAUGAAUCUGCACUUUGUGUUGUUCUGUGGGAUGACGCUCGUCGUGUGCCCCAAGUUUAACUUCAAGAACAUGCUCGAAUCUAUCGUCCGCCAUCACAUAACCCAUUUGUACAUCGUCCCUCCGCAAGUCGUCAUGCUAAACCCGAUCACGAAGCAGUACGACCUGAGCCAUGUCAGGUUUGCCAUGGUCGGGGCGGCACCGCUCUCGAAGGAAGUAACAGAGAAGUUCAAGGGGAUGUUCCCGCGCAUGCGUAUGGGACAGGGGUACGGGAUGACAGAAACGUGCACGAUCGUGUCCAAGGUGCGGUGUCGCCCUCCUCCGUAUACUGAGUCCGUCCAGUCCCGCUCAUUCCAAUUGCAGUUCCUCUUCCAGCAGGAAUCCGUCAACGGUUCCGCGGGCGUUCUCAUCCCGGACACGAUUGCCCGGAUCGUGAAAGAAGACGGCUCCAUAGCGAACUACAACGAGCCCGGGGAACUGUGGGUCCGAGGCCCGCAAAUGGCGCUCUGCUAUGCGAACAAUAAGAAAGCCACAGAAGAGACGUUCCUGCCUGAAGGGUGGGUCCGCACGGGUGACGAGGCGCUUAUGACCAAAGAGGGGAACUUGUUCGUCGUUGAUCGGCUUAAGGAAAUCCUCAAAGUGAACGGGUUCCAAGUCGCUCCUGCGGAAUUGGAGGGACACCUGAUCGUCCACCCCUACGUGCAGGACGCGGGCGUAGUAGGCAUCGCAGACGAGUACAAAGGCGAGAUGCCGCUCGGGUUCGUCGUGCUCGAACACUCUGUUUCCAAGCGCGCACAAGACCCGAAGGAGGCGGAGACCAUUCGCCAAGAGCUCAGGAAAUGGGUUGCGGACAACAAGGUGAGGUAUAAGCAUCUCGACGGCGGAGUGGAGUUCGUCCAGGCCGUGCCGAAGAAUCCUAGUGGGAAGAUAUUGAGGAGGCUGCUGAGGGAUCAGGCGGAGGAAGUUGUUAGGAAACGAGGGGAGGCUGGGAAGACUAGGGCCAAAUUGUGA